AGAAAAAAGAAUAGCAAAAACCCUAAUUGAAUAAUCAGCAAAAAAAAGAGAUUUUAAGAAAAUGGCAGAUUCGACGAUCAUCAAUGGCGAAGUGGAGAAUCAGACGGCGGAGAACUUCUACGACGCCGAUGAAGCCAAUGUAACCGAGCUGGCUAGCAAAAUCGAAGCGCUUGAGAGCGAGAAGCUGGAGCUGGGCAAAGAAAACAAAGAAGUGAAGGAAAAGAUCAAUAAACUGACUCUGGAAAUGGAUCAACUACGAAACCGGGAAGAAGAAAUGAGACUAGAAAUGGAAGAAUGGGAAGAGGAUAAGAGGUUCCUCGAAUCGAUCGCCGCGAGAUCGGCUGACCUUGAAACCGAGGUUUCGAGGCUUCAACAUGAUCUGAUAACUUCGAUGAGUGAAGUAGAUGAGGCGAAUAAGGAGUUGGUUGAGUUAAAGAGAGGAUUGGAAGAGAAAGGGUUGGUGAUUGAAAGAUUGGACAAAGAAAUCGCUGAGUUGAAGAAAGAGAAAGUUGAGAGUGAGAAGAAAGAGAGUGAAUUGGAGCGGAAAUUAGGGCUUUUAGAAAUGAGGGAAACGGAGCAGAGGAAUAAGAAAGUUAGGGUCGAAGAGGAAAUGAGGGAAAUGAUGGACGAGUUUGAGAAGAAAGUUGAGGAUUUGGAAGCAGAGGUGGCCAGAACGAGGGCUGAAUUGGAGAGAAGUAAGGAAGAUAAACGAGAAUCCGAGGAGAAGGUGAUGGCGUUGGAGUCGAACAUGUUGGCAUUGAAGGAGUUGGUGGAGGAGAGGACAAGCGAAGCUAUUAACGCAAAGGCCAGGGAGAUUGAUGAGAGUGUUGGUUGUGAAGAGAAAGGUUUGAAUAUGCUGGUUGUGGUAGCGGGAACGGCUGGGGCUUUUGUUGUUGCGGCUGCUGUGGUAUAUCUUUGCUGCAGGAAGCGGCCGUGACUGAUGGUUGCUGGUGGAAAACUAAUGAGGAGAGGGACAAGCAGAGGUGAGGAUUUUAUCAUUGUUAUGAAUAUGGGUUCAAUUUUGAUAGGUGGAAUAAUUUUGCUUGGAUUUUCAAUUUUGUGCCUAUGAAUCUCAGUUGUACUAAUAUAAUUUUGGCCUUGCUUGAGGUGUGUUUUUGUUUGCUAGUUGACAAUUUUAAUUGCAAACACAAGUAUUCCAUCCAGUUUUUCUAGGAAUUUCUUUUAUCCUUUGUGGUUUUAUAGUGAUUCAAAUUGCUCGAUAGACUGUUACAUUCUUAGUUCAAGUGAGCAUUAUUGGAAUCUGUUCCCUCAAAUAAAAAAAAUUCUCAUUUGCUUGUUCA